GUUCCACCGUCUAAAAGUUGCGCGCUCAACAUUACCGCAACCCAACCAUCUUGUCGGGGUAAACACGGCGGCCAUUGGGUUCACAACGUCGCUCUUUUUGUUUUUGUUGCUUUGGAACAAUACCCACCGGCUGUCAGUACCAGGCCGCAUAUCUCGUUUCUACCUAGCGGAAAAUUGAUUAAUUGCUGAAAAGCUCCAUAGUCGUGAUGGCACCACCGCGACAGAGCAACGUCCGGCGUCGCGAAACGUCAACAGGCGACUUCCACGAGCUUGGCGUGAAGGGACGGAAGACUGGAAUUGAACUGCCCGACACCGGCGAACGCGACGAACAUGGCAUGCAACCCAUCGACGGAUUGUUCUCCUCGCCGGAGAAGGACAAUAGAUCGCCCGGCGACGACAUGACGCGCGGCGAGCAGGAAAUGGAGCUGGAUUCGGAAUCCGGCCCUGGACCUGCCUCCAUCAUGAAGAACCACCCUCGCCUCGUACCCCGUGGAACUUCCCCACGCAAGACCAACUUCGGGUCGCCCGCGAUGCGGCACCCCAGCUUCGGGCCUUCGUCAUCGCCGACCCGGCUGUCGCCCAACCGAGGAUCGCCUCCUCGGUUGCCGCCCAACCGUGGUGGUUCGGUAUCUCGCCGUCUCGAUUAUGGUGGCUCUGACAGGGGUGCCAGAGACCCCAACGGAGUGAAUGGUCGCGCUCUCUCGACGGAGGAUGAGGAAGACGAGCAGGCUAGGUCGCAAGCUCAGAACGGAUCGCCUGUGGAGAACGGCGAUGAAGAGUCGAUGCAGAUGGUUGGCAUGGACGGGGAUGAUGAACCAGAACCUGAGUCGGUGACAGGAGCGCCGGAUGCUGAAGAAGUUGACGUCGAGGAGACGGUAGCAGAGGCACCGCAGCCUAUCAAACGUAGGGGUCGCCCGCGCAAGGCUCAGUCACCCGUGGAGGAAGAGGCUGAGGAGGCGCCUGCAGACUCCGGCCACGAACCAGAAGAGCAAGCACCCGUCAAAAGAAGAGGUCGCCCGGCCAAGGGCAAGGGCAAUGCCAAAGCAGACGAAUCGGAAGAGGAGCCCGAGGCAGAGGCCAGCGCACCUAGGCGCAGACGCUCACGGAAUUCCAACGCAGACGAGGUUGAGCAGGAAGAAGCGGAGGGCCGCUCAUCCAAAAGACAGCGCACAGAGCCCAAGAAGCCAGCGACGGGAAAGCGCGGACGCCCCAAGGCCGCUCCCAGGGAGGAAGACGGAGGCGAGUCCAAGAACGCCGAAGCCGACCCAAAACCCAAGGGCAAGCCCGGUCGCAAACCGAAAGCCGCUGUUGGCGACGACUCGAUUCUUGGCGUUGUGCAAAAGGGGCCGCCCAUGCCCAAGGCACGCGGCCUGGUCUCGCAAAAACGACAGCAGGACCCUCACGCAGUCACCCAAACUAGAUCCGGCCGCCAGUCAUACCGCCCACUCGCCUUCUGGAAGAAUGAACACGUUACCUACGACGAGGACGAGGCAUUUGAGGACGGUAAAAAGGGUGGCAGGUUUCUGCUGCCGAGCGUCAAAGAAAUCAUCCGCGUUGAGGAAGAAGAGCGCGAGGUGCGGAAGAACAAGAGCUCAAAGGGCCGCAAGGCCGCCGUCAAGGGCAGACGGCGCCAUGCCGACUCCGACGACGAGGAGGAACCGCCCGAGCCGUGGGAGCAAGAUCCCGGCAGUAUCGAAGGCGAGAUCGUUGUCUGGCAGCCCGAGCACGAGUUCAACCCGCCCGCUAUCAACGAGCAGGUCGAGAUCGACGAGGACCGGAUCGCUGUGGCGGCGGGGGCUAUCCAGACGCGCGACAUUAGAGAUGCGACGUUCCGUUUCGCCAAGACGCUCAGCUUGCCCUUCUUCGGCUCUGGCGUCGUCGACCUCCCGCCGGGGGCGGAGAAGCGGCCCAAGAACUCGCGCAAGAUGCAGAUGGUGUUUUUCGUAUUCCAAGGCAAAGUCCGGGUCACGGUUCAUGAGACCCAGUUCCGGAUCGGCGCCGGUGGAAUGUGGUUCGUUCCGAGGGGCAACUACUACAGCAUCGAGAACGAUUAUGAGACGCCCGCGCGCAUCUUCUUUGCCCAGGGUUGUGAGGUUAGCAACGGCCUGGCGCAGGGGGCGGGCGGCUCCCAGGACACAACCAUCAUGGGUUGAGCUCUGAUACCCCUAAUGGAGGUAUCGGGCAGCUAAUAUGGUGGCGGCUCUCUCUUUUACCAGUCUCAGUUACUGGCGGCGUCUGCUUUGCAAGAUAUCUAUGUCUACCUUCGUAGGAAGUUCCCUCGUUAUACAUGUUUUUGUCAGUAAAUUCUUUUUUGGAUUGGUUUAGCAGCGGCGGCAAUGGUCGUCCUCCAACAUACGAACGACCUGCGAGGAGGGCGGGCUUGGCAAGCCGGUGGGAGACGGGCGGAGAGUCGCGUAGACGCGGCAUGUUGUGAUAUGAGGGAGUUAGGAUAGUUACGAGGCGUAAGCGGCAUAUUGCAUCGGGCGGCAUAAUCAUACCAAGAUGAACCAUAAGAUGCGCUUGCUGGGACCCGUCACCAAAAAUGAGAACAACUGACGACUCGACGAGCUCUAUAACUUCGAUGGGUGGGCUCGCGACCCCGGCCGG